UGUGUUUUAGGUAUCAAACAGUUCGGACGUAUUUGUAGUCUGAUGUCGCGUUUAAAUUAUUAAUUUAAUAAUCUUUUACAGCAACAAAUUGUGCAAAUUAAACCAUUCUUAGUAGUGCGAGUUACAGGAAACUAGUGAAACUUGUUGAUAUUAAGUAUUUUUCGUUAAAAACUGAUUAAAUUCAUUAUAAUUCAAUGAAAACAUAAAAAAAGAGUCGGCAAGUUCUGUUUUGGGAUUAACACACAUAUUACAAAGGAAAAAGGAAUAAGAAGAGGUGGUUAAGACAUGUUGGAUGUCGCUGAUCUGGUGUGGGCUCGCGACCCAAACGAUGGAUAUUUUCAAGGCAAAGUUACAGAACUCGGAUCAAUAGAUUAUGAAGUCACGCCAAUCGACAAAGGUCGUCAGAAGCGCAAUUUUCCCAUUGACGAUAUCUUUCCAGCUUGUGAGGCGAAAUCAGAUAAUGACGAUAAUUGUGAACUGAUGUUCCUGAAUGAAGCGACUUUGCUUGACAAUAUAAAAAAUAGAUAUUAUAAAGAUAAAAUCUAUACAUACGUUGCAAAUAUUUUGAUCGCAGUCAAUCCAUACAAAGAAGUCAAGAACUUGUAUUCGAAAGCGACAAUAAAGAGUUAUAAUGGAAAAUCGAUUGGGGAAAUGCCACCGCAUGUGUAUGCGAUUGCAGAUAAGGCUUUUAGGGACAUGAGAGUACUUAAAUUAUCACAAAGUAUAAUCGUAAGUGGAGAAUCUGGUGCUGGAAAGACAGAAUCGACAAAGUACUUGCUUCGAUAUUUGUGUGACUCAAUUGCUGCUGCUGGACAAAUUGAGCAAAAGAUUCUCGACUCAAAUCCCAUUCUUGAAGCUUUUGGAAAUGCCAAAACGACUAGAAAUAAUAACUCAUCGAGAUUUGGAAAGUUUAUUGAAGUACAUUAUGAUAAUAAGUAUCAAGUCGUUGGUGGUUUCAUAUCACAUUAUUUAUUGGAGAAAAGUAGGAUUUGUAAUCAAAGUGCAGAAGAGAGAAAUUAUCACGUUUUCUAUUUGCUUUGUGCUGGUGCUCCGCAAAAUUUACGUGAUAAAUUACAUAUUGGAAAGCCUGAUGAUUAUCGAUAUCUUGCUGGAUGUACACAAUAUUUUGCAUCCACAACAACAGAUAAAUUAAUUCAAAACAGUCAUAAGUCGAAAGCUCACAUCACAAAAGGUCCAUUGCAUGAUCCAAUUUUAGAUGAUCAUAAUGAUUUUAAGGAACUAGAUCAAGCACUUUCGCGUAUUGGAUUGAAUGAAAGUAUGAGAGUUGAAAUCUAUAGCAUUGUUGCUGCUGUAUUACAUUUAGGUAAUAUUGCGUUUGAAGAAAAUCCUGAAGAUAGUCGUGGCGGAUGCAGAAUUACUCAAGUUUCAGAAAAGACAUUAGAAAUUGGUGCUAAAUUAAUUGGAUGUGAUCAAUAUGAACUUCGUCAGGCAUUAACUUUCAGAGUUAUGCAAUCAAAAGGUGGUGGAAUUAAAGGAACAAUUAUUAUGGUUCCACUUAAAAUUUAUGAAGCUAAUAAUGCACGAGAUGCACUUGCUAAAGCACUUUAUAGUCGUCUAUUUGAUUACGUUGUCUCACUUAUCAAUCAAAGCAUUCCAUUCCAGAAAUCAAGCUAUUACAUUGGUGUCCUCGAUAUUGCUGGAUUUGAAUAUUUUCAGAAAAAUAAUUUUGAACAAUUUUGCAUUAAUUAUUGCAAUGAGAAACUUCAGAAAUUCUUUAAUGACAAUAUAUUGGCUAAUGAACAAGAACUUUAUAAAAAGGAAGGUCUUAAUGUUCCUGAGAUUAAAUUUACAGAUAAUCAAGAUAUUAUUGAACUGAUUGAAUCGAAAACAAAUGGAAUUUUCACCUUAUUAGAUGAGGAAUCAAAAUUACCAAAACCAUCAUUUUCUCACUUUACGACUGAAGUUCAUAGCUCAUGGAAUAGUCACUUCCGAAUUUCAUUUCCUCGUCUGUCAAAAUUAAAGAUUCAUCGUAGUAUUAGAGAUGAUGAAGGUUUUCUUAUUAGACAUUUUGCUGGUGCUGUUUGCUAUACAACAAGUCAAUUUAUUGAAAAGAAUAAUGAUGCUCUGCAUGCAUCUCUUGAAUGUCUUGUACAAGAAUCUGGAAAUCCAUUAAUGAAGAAGAUUUUCUUAAAUAACUCAUCGUCAACAAAAGGAAAAUUGUCAUUCAUUUCUGUUGGAUCUAAAUUUAAGUCACAACUUCAAGAACUAAUGGCUAAACUUGAAAAGAAUGGAACAAACUUUAUUCGUUGUAUCAAACCCAACAGUCGUAUGAUUGAUCAUGAAUUUGAAGGUGGAUUGGCACUUGCUCAACUCAUUUGUUCAGGUACAACAUCAGUUCUUGAGCUUAUGGCUUUCGGAUAUCCAUCACGAGUUCCUUUUAGUGAAUUGUACAACAUGUACAAGUCAUACUUGCCACCAGAACUUGUUAAUUUACCACCGAGGACUUUCUGUGAAGCAAUGCUUCAUUCAUUAAAUUUGUGCAGUAAAGACUUUAAAUUUGGCAUCACAAAAGUAUUUUUCCGACCUGGAACUUUUGUUCAAUUCGAUAGAAUCAUGAAAAGUGAUCCAGAAAAUCUCCGUGUUAUUGUGCAAAAUGUCAAGAAAUGGCUUGUUCGAUCUCGUUGGAAGAAAUCAGUUCAUUGUGCUAUUUGCGUGAUCAAAAUUAAAAAUCGUAUGAUAUACAAGAAAAAAUGUGUUGUACAAGCACAGAAAAUGAUUCGUGGAUAUCUCGCUCGUCGUCAACAUCGGCCACGCUUUAAGGGUAUUAUAAAAAUUAAUGCCUUAAAACGUAAUGUUAAAGAAAUGGAGACAAUUGCAAAUCAAUUGAGAAACGAUCGUGAUUCGAUGAUGAAAAUAUUAAAGGAUCUUGAACUGCAAAUUGAUACAGCAAUUAAAAAGAUUAAGACUAAUACGAAGAUAAAGUCAAGUGAAAUUGAUGGAUUUCUUUUACAAUUAACAAACAGUGCGAAUCAACAGAUGAAUUCAAUAAAAAUAAAAUUGCAAGAACAGCGAAAUGCUGAAGAACAAGAACGUUUAAGACAAAUUCAAUUGAAAAUGGAAGCAGAAAGAUUGGCAAAAGAAUUAGAAGAAAAACGACUUCGUGAUGAGGAAGAGAAUCGUCGAAAGAAAGCUGAAAUGGAAUUGCGUCGUAAACACGAAGAAACUGAACGAUUGAGGAUGGAAGAAGAGGAUAGAAAGGCGGCAUUGUUGCUUCAAGCCCAACUUGAAAAAGAGGCACAAGAAGAUUCAAAAUAUCGACAACAAUUAGAACAAGAAAGGCGUGAUCACGAAUUAGCGUUGCGACUUGCUCAAGAAUCAAAUGGACAACUCGACGAAAGUCCAACAAUGAGCCGAAACGGAACUCCCGAUAUGGCUUUAAGCAAUCACAAUCGACUCAUCAGAUCUGAAGCAAUAAGAGCCCAACAACAAAUGGCUGGAAAGCAAAAGUAUGACUUGUCGAAGUGGAAAUAUUCAGAACUACGUGAUGCGAUCAAUACAAGUUGUGAUAUUGAGUUACUUGAAGCAUGUAGACACGAGUUCCAUCGUCGUCUUAAGGUGUAUCAUGCAUGGAAGGCAAAGAAUCGUAAACGAACAACGAUGGAUGAGAAUGAAAGAGCACCGAAAAGUGUUAUGGAAAAUGCUGCUAAAACUCCAUUAAGAAGUCAACAAGUCAAAAAUCCAGAUCCAACUAGUGCAUCAGUUCAUCGUUACUUCCGUAUACCGUUUAUGCGACCAAAUGAUAAUAUGAAUGAUAAUACUAAUCGAGGAUGGUGGUAUGCGCACUUUGAUGGAUCAUAUGUAGCACGGCAGAUGGAAUUGCAUGCAGAAAAACCUCCAAUUUUAUUGAUUGCUGGUGUCGAUGACAUGCAAAUGUGUGAAUUGAGCUUAGAGGAAACUGGAUUGACGAGAAAGAGAGGCGCAGAGAUUUUGGAUCAUGAAUUUAAUCGAGAAUGGGAAAGACAUGGAGGAAAACCGUAUAAAAUGCAGAAUGGAAAACAACACUAAAACCCGGAUGUAUAUGAUACACUCCAGCAGAUAUUUAUUCAAUUUUAUGAUUCUUUAUUUUCGGGGCAAAAAAAAAAUCGUUUGUGUGCUUUUUUGGUGCCUUUAAAUACUUUUUGACCAAAAUUUUUCAUACAUUUUAACGAAAUUGAGAUAUAAAAAAAAAUUAUAUUAAAUGAAAAUUUUAUAUUUUGAAUGAAUUUAUGUUGUGUUACUAGAUUUAGACUUGCAUUUUUAUUGGAAACCACUUUUCGAUAAAUUUUCGUAAGAGGGUAAGAUUAGAUAAAGAAUUUUUCUUAAAAAAAAAUAAUUAUUUAAAUGAAAAUGCCUUUGUUUGAACUUGAUUCUUUAUUCUGCUGGUAAUUAUUGAGGAAAUCUCGAGUUACUCUGAUGUUAUGACAGGCAACUUAAUAGACCAUUGUUCCUUAAAACUAUGCUUGGCUGUAAACUAGAACCUAUCAGCCUCAUUAGUUUCAACAUGACACAAACAUUCAUGAAUGCUUACGACAUUACUUUACUACGUCACACAACGUCACUGUCCAAAAAAGAACAAAAGCUUAAGAUGUUAAUGACAUCAUAAUUUCCUUGAAAUGUAAUAAAACGUCGUUAUCACCUCCAAGUGGGUUAUCAGUUAAUUAAAAAUGGUGUAAAGAGUACACAGUACGAGAAAUAGAUUCAAUAUUUGACAAAAGAAAGUUCACUUGCACUCGUGAGUAAACAAAUUAAGAGAAAACUCACAUACAGCAUAACAAAAUUCCGCGUUAAUUAUCAAAGGAAUAAAGAUGAAAUAAUGCGACAUUAUAAAAGCUGAUUAUAAUCUAUUAUUAUAUCUAAUCAUAUGAAAGAAAAAGAAAAUUUAUAUUAAAAUUUAAGGAUGCAGUAUUAUUCAUUAAUGAUUUUGUUUAUUACUUCUAUUUUUUGCAUCUUUUUC